GCGUGCGCAUAAUCAGUGGAGCGAACACACCGCCCGCGCUCAGACGGUUUCAAGCCACCGUAACGCGCACCGUUUUCUCUCGCGUAACCCAAUGUGCUAAAAUGAGUGUGUCUACGUACUUGCACCACUUUUUUGUGUCGAAUCUGUUGACGCUGUACUACAGUGGGCUGGUUCUGCUGGGCUUCCUGUGGAGCUAUGUGAAGAACCCCUUUGCGGACCCGUGGGCGCAGAAGCUGAGGUUGGAGCCGCCGCCCUGCCUCACCGACACCAAGUAUGGCGUUCACAAAUACAUCAAAGUCAAUAACACAAAGCUGCAUUACGUGGAGAGCGGCGACCCCUCGAAGCCCCUGAUGGUGUUCCUGCACGGCUUCCCCGAGUUCUGGUACUCCUGGCGCCACCAGAUCACGGAGUUCAAUAAGGACUACUGGUGUGUAGCCAUAGACAUGCGAGGCUACGGAGACUCCGAGAGGCCGGACGGACUGGAGGCCUACGACUUGAAACAGCUGGUUGAGGACGUUAGAGAUCUCAUCAGACAACUAGGACGCGAGAAGUGCGUGCUAGUGGCGCACGACUGGGGCGGCCUGAUCGCGUGCCGCUUCCGCGACGUGCACCCCGACGCGCUGAGCGCGCUGGUCGUGCUCGCCAGCACGUCCCAGGAGGCCUGGUACCACGAGCUGUGGGGCAGCGACGAGCAGAGGAAGAAGUCUUGGUACGUGUUCUUCUACCGGAUGCCGGGCCUGGCGGAGAAGCUGCUCCGGAUGAACGACAUGGCGGCGUUCGACACGGUGAUGCGGGUGCCGGGCAAGGACACCAUCACGGCGCAGGACAUCGAGUGCUUCAAGUACUGGUUCGGGAAGCCGACCGCCCUGACACCCCCGAUCAACUACUACCGAAGCAACUUUGCGUACACAUUGGCAGACAAACCCCGUUGCGAGCGACCAGUCCCCUUCCUCUAUGCUUUGGCCCAGAAUGAUGCCUAUCUAUCCACCACCCUCAUCGACAAAAUGAAGAACUACUACGCACAUAUCGAACCAACAAUCAUUGAGAACUGCGGACAUUUUGCACAGCAAGAAGAACCGGCCAAAGUUAACUCUCUCAUUAGAAAUUUCCUGUCGAAACACAAAGUUUAGGGUACCUAAAGCAUUUCCAAAGUAGGCCAUCUAUCUAAAUCUUAGAUUAGGUGUUUUUUUUACUAAGUAUUUUCGAAUAUCUAAUUGAUUUAUUAUCUAAUAAAUUUUAUUAUAGUUAA